GAGAGGGAGAGAGCGCGCGGGGCGGCGGCGGCGACAAAUCGAAUCGGUGCGGUGCGGUUUUGACAAUAUGUUGAGCCCACCAUAAUGAAGGAAAUUGAUACCGAGACAACAGUAGUAUGGCCAGCCUGGUGUUAUUCCGGUAACACGCCCACCGACAUACUUCAACAGAAGCCCGCCAAGGCGACAACGGCAACGCCAGCGAAACACCAAAACGGGGAGCAGGCCCAACAAUUCAACUCUCUGCCCGCGGCGGCGGCCACCAAGCGCAAGCAUCUCGAACGCCUCGCCAGCGACUUGCGCCAACAGCAGCAGCAGCAACAGUUGCUCAGCGGCGGCAGCAGCAAUACUGCCAACAUGCUCAGCGAGCGUUCGCUGCUGCUCAGCGGCUACGGAGCCGUCGACAGCGCCAAGCAGCUGCGCGAGGCCAGCAGCCCGACAACGGCAUCGGCUGCAGCAGCCGGGGCAGCAACUGGCAACAGCAACGCAGCUGCGACGCCGGCAACGGCAGCGAAUACCUCGAGCCUAGCAGCCUCAGCAGCAGCAGCAGCGGCAACAACAGCAACAACAACAACAGCAGCAGCAGCAGCAGCAGCAGCAACGGCUGCAAGCAAUGCAACGGCUGCUGCUGCUGCGGCCGCCUACGCAGCUUUGUACUUUGACAGGGUGAAGCAUGAGAAGUUGUCGCCGUUGCAUAUGACGAGCGCACAGAUUGACUCGCUCAAGGAUGCCCUUAUGGAGUCAACGGGCAUGGCCAAUAUGCACAACAACAACAAUAACAAUUCAACGCUCAGCAACAACAACAACAGCAGCAGCAGCAGCAACAACAAUAACAACAGCAACAGCAACAGCAACCAUCAUCAUCAUCAUCAACAUCAGCAACAGUUGCUCAGCAUCAGCAGCAGCAACGUCAAACGGGAGCGUCUCAGUCCCGGCAGCAACAACAACAGCAACAACAACAACAACAGCAACAACAACGGCGAGCUGUCCGUCUCCGCGGCAUUUGCCAGAUCUCGCAGCGCCACGCCCUCAUCCGCAACAUAUCGCAGCGGCAGCGGCGGUGGCAUCUCACCCAAUCAACAGCAGCAGCAACAACAACAACAACAACAGACGCCCCAGCAGCAACGCCUGAGCCCGCCCAGCUCCCAAGCCCACAUGCCCCUGCACAAUUUGUCCACGAAUCUGUUGAACAGCUUUCAACAGGCGGCGGCCGCCAGCAGCAGUCAACGCAACAGCGCUGCCGUCGCCGGCAUCAACAGCAGCAGCGCCAGCAGCAGCGCUGCCAACAAUGCGGGCAGCGGCGCCGGCAGCGCUGUGACCAGCCCAGUUGGCACAAGUGCCGCAACAACAAAUGCCACAGAUUUCUCCACGCGCAACUAUUCGGAUAUCAUGCGCUGCCUCGCGGCCAAAUACAACAAUGCCAAUCCCAAUGACCACCAUGCAACCCGUCGCAAUUCCUACUACGACAGCAGCGGCAGCAGCAGCGCUGGCGUCGGUGUUGCUGCGGCCGCAUCGACUGCCGGCACGGAGCGCAGCGGCGCCAAGUCGAGCAAUGUGAACUGCAGCAGCAGCAGCGGCGGCGGCGGCAGCAGCAGCAACAACAGCAGCAACAACAACACAAACAAUGCGAGUGGGUCAACCAAAAAGCUAUCGCCGGCAACGGCGGCCAGCUUGAGAGAGGUCAAGGAUUGCUCCGUGACGUUGGCGGGCAGCGUCGGCGGUGGCGUUGCCGGUGCUGUGGGCGUGACUGGUGGAUCCAGUGUAGCUGGCACCAGUCUGCCGCCAGCUGCAGCGCAGUCACCCACAGAGCAGGCCAAAAGCCAAAUGGCCGCUGUGGUGGCCGCCGCCAGUGUUUCGCCUUUCAUGAGCAACUUUCUGCCCUUCUCGGGUGGCAUUUUUCCAAUGAUGGACAUGAGCAGCACACAGGCGCUGUUAACGCUGGCGCGUGCUGCCAAAGAUGCUGAGAUACAGCAAAUAUUGCGCGGCAAGCAGCAGCAGCAACAGCAGCAGCAGAUGCAGCUUAAAGGCAGCAGCUCGAAUGCCUCAUCGCCCAGUGCCAGCGCCUCGAGCACGCCACGUCCCAGUUUAAAUGCCGCACUGCAGCAGGCGGCGCAAUUUGUUACACCCGCUUUAAUCUACUCGGCACAACUGCAACAGCAGCAGCAGCAACAACAAUCGCAUCACGCCUCGCGUCAGUCUAGUCCACGUUCCAAUGCGGAGGCUGCUGCGGCGCCCAAUGCUGCAGCUGCGGCAGCGGCGGCGCCGCUAGACUUGAGCUCCCAGCCGCCAGCGGCCAAACGUUUUAAGGCUGAAUCAUCCACAGCAGCAGCAACUGUUGCUGCAACUGCAACUGCAACAUUGGGCUUGCUGGCGGCACGUCGUGCCAGCUCAACGGCAGCAGCAGCAGCAGCAACAACAACAUCAUCUAGCACACCAUCCCCGCCACUUACGGAGCAGAAGCCAACACUGGAAACAGCCGAGGGCCAAAACAACGCCAACGCAGCAGCAACAUCAGCAGCAGCAGCAACAUCGCCAGCGGGCACAGUGCGUCAGUGUCAGGCGCAGAGCGAGGAGGUUAACUCCUGGUCUGUGGACGAUGUCUGCAACUUUGUGGGUGGAAUUGAUAUAUGCGCCGAAUACGUUCAGCACUUUCGUGAUCAGAGCAUAGAUGGCACGGGCUUGCCGCUGCUAACCGAGGAUCAUUUGGUUAGCUCGCUGGGCAUGAAGCUGGGGCCGGCGCUGAAGCUGCGCUCCAUAUUGGCGAAGAAAUUGGGCGGGCCGUGUCCGUGUGUUGCGUGCGUUGCGCAGGCGCAACAAAUGCUGGCACUGCAAACGGGUGGGGCAGCAACAGCAGCAGCAGCAACAACAGCAACAACAACAACAGCAGCAACAGCAACAACUACAACAACAACAACUGCUGUAACUAGUUGCAGCAGUUUGUCCAACAGUAGCAACAGCAGCAGCAGCAACAGCAACAGCAACAUGGCAGAUAGCUGCAAUGGGCCCAGCAACAUGGCCAGCGACAACAUUGUUGCUGCAACAAUGUUGCCCUGCAGCUUUGAUGCUGCCGACAGCAACAAUUACAGCAGCAACAAUAACAACAACAACAACAAGGAUGCUGCCAGCUAGUUAUUUGUCACAAUCGAAAUUAAAUCAAAAUAAACAAAUAUCAAAUUAACAACAAAAUAUAUAUAAAUAUAGUUUUAUAUAGUUUAUAUGCUAACAAAUUGCAUUUCAACUGCAAAUGUUGUACCAAAUGAGCUUUCAAAUGAAAAGAAAAAACACAUAAGAAUUAAUUUAAAUCAAAACUAAUAUUAACUGCAAUUUAAUUUAGGCUUAGCUAAAGUUGUGAACUUUAAGACAGCAACAACAAUCGCAAAAGUCUUCCAUUUGCAUAUAAAAAUAACAAAAACAAAACAAAC